CAGAGUGGCGGCGGAAUUCGAUAGGCCAGCUCGCGAUCGCGCCUUUUUUCAUUUAUUAAACACCAGAAGAAAGCACAUUUCUCAUUUUAUUACAGACAAAUAAAUACGUUCGUAUAUAGUUGCUACUUUACAUUUCACAACUGCUAGUCCAUACAGAUAACGGGAAUCGGAAAUAAGUGCAUCAUAUAUAUGUAUGUGUACAUACACAUACGUAUGUGAUAUAUACACAAGUGUGUUGAAGUAUCGUUUUUAUUUGCGUAUCGUAACAGGCUUGUAUAAAUUUAUCGUUAAACAAUAUUAAUAAUCGUUCGAGAAUCGUUCGAAAUACAUUUAGAUAAAUAAAUAAACAAAUGAACCAAGUCUGGAAGAAGGGAAUGAUAAAUUAAUUAAAAUAGAACCGGUGCUUCUAACUCUGUAGUAAAUUCUUUUUUCUGUAUUAAACAGACGGGUGUAACAUUAUUAACGAUAACGGUAUUAAUGACAAUAAUAAAUAAAUAAUGCUUCUUAUUGUAUUGAACGUGAAGAGUGGUUAGUGCUAUAUUAAUAUACAGUAAUAGUAGAACCGAGCGAUCGUAUCGCGAGUGGCAGUAAUCGUAAUGAAAAUAAAGAUUUUUCUACUUCGUUGACUGCUCAGUUUUUGAGAGAUCGAUUAAAAAAAAAUAAAAAAUAACUCACCAAAGGAAAGAGGAAGCGAUUGUCUUUCGUGUCGACAGAAAAGUAAAUUAAUGCGGUAGUAAAUAUAACGCAACAACUUGAUAUUGAAAUAUACAAAUUCAUAAAAAAAAAAGUCGAGAUAAAUUGAGGAAAAGAUAAUGACGAACGGACGUGAAAUGUCAGCGUCACUUCGUACCCUCCGGCUUGCCGGAACGCUGAUUAUCAUGCUGGUUUGUUGCACUGCCCUUUGUAAUGCCGAAGCGGAAGCUGCACCUGUUGUAUCGGAAACUGGAGCCAUGCGGUACCUGUCCCAGUUUGGGUAUCUCCCGCCAGCGAAUCCAGCCAGCGGAGGAAUCAUAUCCGAGGAUACCCUCGCCAAAGCUAUUGCUGAAUUUCAAUCUUUUGCCGGGAUAAAUAUAACUGGUAACUUGGACGGUGAAACAGCUCAUCUAAUGUCCUUGCCGCGUUGUGGCGUAAAGGAUAAAGUUGGUCCAAGCACAGACGGCAGGUCAAAGAGAUACGCUCUUCAAGGGUCCAGAUGGAAGGUUAAGCGACUGUCAUACAAGAUCAGCAAGUACCCUAGACUCCUUGACAGAACGGCCGUGGACAAAGAAAUCGCUAAGGCAUUUUCUGUGUGGUCCGAAUACACAGACUUGACAUUCGUGCCGAAAAGCGGACAGGUGCACAUCGAGAUCAGGUUUGAGCGUGGAGAGCACGGUGACGGAGAUCCUUUCGAUGGUCCUGGAGGCACCCUGGCCCACGCCUAUUUCCCGGUUUACGGAGGAGACGCUCACUUCGACGACUCCGAACACUGGAGCAUUGACAGCUACCGCGGGACAAACCUCUUCCAAGUUGCGGCCCACGAAUUCGGCCAUUCCUUAGGCCUCAGCCACAGUGACAUCAAGUCAGCCCUCAUGGCACCCUUCUACAGAGGAUACGACCCUCACUUCAUGCUCGACAGCGAUGACAUCCAAGGCAUACAGGCUCUCUACGGACCGAAAACUGAGGACUCGGGAAGCGGGACAAAGCAUCACCACACGACGAUUGCUCCACCGGGAGAAGAAGACCCUCAACUAUGCACGGAUCCCCAAAUCGAUACGAUGUUCAAUUCCGCAGAAGGCCACACUUACGCGUUCAAAGGUGAGCAUUACUGGAAGCUGACGAGCGACGGAAUCGCAGCUGGGUAUCCAAAACUCAUCAGCACAACCUGGCGGGGUCUUCCGGGCAACAUUGACGCUGCCUUUACGUACAAAAAUGGCAAGACAUACUUCUUCAAGGGCUCCAAGUAUUGGAGGUACGUGGGGAGGCGAAUGGACGGAGCUUACCCGAAAGAAAUAAGCGAAGGCUUUACCGGAAUUCCGGAUAACAUUGACGCGGCUACAGUUUGGACUGGAAAUGGAAAGAUUUACUUCUACAAGGGUACGAAAUUCUGGAGAUUCGACCCGGCCCAAAAACCUCCGGUGAAGAGCACGUAUCCGAAAUUGAUUUCGAACUGGGAAGGUCUUCCGGACAAUAUAGAUGCCGCUCUUGCGUAUCACGGCUAUACAUACUUUUUCAAAGGUGGCGCUUACUACCGAUUCAACGAUCGGACAUUCUCGGUGGAUCAGGCGGAUCCGGCUUUCCCGCGGGCGAACGGAUAUUGGUGGUUCGGGUGCCGGUCGGCGAGCAAAGGGACGCUAGGUAAUGUGCAGUGGUUAGGGGAAACCCCUUCCGUAUUAACCAAUGGCAACCUGGAGGAGGUCGGUGGCGACCUUCUCGGCGAUGAGGACGUCCACGGAGACGUCGGUGACAUCAUUUUAGACGCAGGAGGAACCGACGAGGAACUAGCGACGUCAUCGAAUCAGGACUCGGCGAGUUCGUCGGCUCCGGGGGGCGGCCAUCUUGUAAACGGAAAUCCAACAUGGCGGGGAGCAACCGCGCUCGCAGUAGUUCUCAUCGCAAAGUUUUUGACCGGUUCAUAGCUUCCAGCGUGGUAGAAUUCGUUCUUCGUAUAACGUUGUGCGGAGUGAAGAAGAAUCGAAACAACUUACGAUCUCAACUUGGACUCGAGAUGUGUGACAAAGUGAGAUGUCUAGCCAACAUCCCAAUAACGACCGUUGACGGGACCAAGACAGUUUGAAUUUCGAAUUUCAAAUUCAAAAUGCGCGGUAUAUCGACGUCGAUACCAUUGUAACCCAGAAACGCAGGUUGCAGGAACCGCAAGGUAAAUAUAAAAAACCGAAAAUCGAUAUUGGUGCAAAGAUUCUUAGAAAUUAAUCGUAAACAAGUUCAGACGUUCCUCAAAAAUAUACCAUGAUUUCGGACAGUUCUCAGGAAGAAUGAAUUCUAACUGAAAAAAUCUGGACAUACCUGUAAUAAAGAAAACUUUCGUAAGUUUUCAGAAAAUAUCACCGUUUUCUCGUAAAUCUGGUGAAGUUAUUUUUUUUUCUACAAAAAUUGAUAUACUUCUACAAAAUUCCUAGGAAUUAUCAGGAUUUGUCCAAAGAUUUAUCAGAAAAACUGGGAAACUGUUGGAAAUUCACAUUUUGAGUAAUUUUGAAGACAUUUGCGAAUGUUUUGAAAAAUAAUUUUUGGCAGGCUCGAUCGAAAUCGAAAAUCGAACGUUAGAUAAAUCUUCUGUCCUUGAAUCGCACAACAAUUUCAUUUUAUUUCAAAGAAUCAUCAAAUUCCAGAAAACAAACAAUUAUACUCAUUGUGAUGAAGUAAUUAGCUUCUGUUUCCAGUCGAUUAGCACAUUACAGUAACGAACUUUGCUCUUUUCAAUACUGCCAAGAAGCUGUGUGAGUCGAAAAAAAUUGGUUAUAAACUAUUCAAAUUAUAUGUACUAGUAGACGAAUCUCGCGGUGGUAAAAAUAAUAACAAAAACAUUAUACUACAAUGAACUACUAACUGUGCGGUUCGAGCAUGAAAUUUCAGUUUCUGUAUUAUACAAUUCAAACUAUAUAAGCUAUGUACAUAUUGCUCAGUCAGUGAUAUUUUUAUGUAACAUAUUACAAUGUCAUGUCAUAGAACUAUAAUUAUAUAACAAUUAUCAAGUGAAUAUAGGAUACGAGAUAGGAUAUCAAUUAUCAUUACCUAUAUUAUAGUGAUAGAUGAUUAUUCAUGAAUGAGAUUAUACCGACGUAUAGUAUAUUUAAUAUUAUUAAACCCUGUUUCUACCACAUUCAUAAUAAUAUAAAAGAACGUCAAUCAUUUUAAUAUCAGUGACAUAGUAAUAACAACACCAACUAAAACAAUAAUAAUGAUAAUAAAAAUAACAACAGUAACAGUACAAACAUCUUCUCUCAAUGAUGGAAUCGUAUAUAGAUUUUUCCAUAGGUAGUGUUAUAAACUUUGUUUGAUUCAAUCUACCGAAAUUCAGGGUUUCUACUGCGUUACACUGUUGUGACGAUUUUUAUUAUUAUUAUUAUCAUCAGGAUCAUUAUCGUUACUAUUUUCAUAUCAUAUGGUAUAUAACCAGAGAUUUCGAGCUGAUAUAUAAUUGGAGAGAAUAAUGGAAUGGUUUCAACUUCUUUACAUAAUAUACUAUAAAGUUCUGAAAAACAAAUUAUCUUGCCAAAGUUAUGGUAAAAAAAUAAUCAAGGGUAUUAUUGAUGAUCAGAUUUGAAAAUAAUGGUCAGCGUUGAAGGGGAAAUGUACGUAUAACGAUGCAUUUCGAUUAUUUCCAUACUUGAAUGUUUUACUUUUUGUUUUGUUGAUACAGACUUGAAAGAACACAAAUUACUAUUAUCAGACUUAUUUGAAUUACUGCGGUUAAAUAUUUUUAAGCCUUCUUCGCCGUCGUCGAAAAACCAUCCCUUCUGUAUUACGCACAAUCCACUCAAUUCAAGAUACACACGCAAAGGUGCUAGAGCAACGUUGCGACAUGACAAUUACCUAUAUUGUACAUAUAUCAUGUGUUUGGAUGCGCGACGUGGAAUUAUUUGUAUCGUUACACACAUGAAUCGUUGGAAGAUGAAUAAUUAUGAUUGUACCAACGUAGUUAGAUUUUAUCAUGAACUAUUUUUAAUUGGGAUAAUUACUAAGGUAUUUUGUUUCGAGGCAAAAGUUCUUCUUUUUGUAUUUUUUUGUCGUUUUUACGUACAGCUGAAAAUUUUGUUGCUUAAGGCGAAAAAAAGAUUAUCGCUUAAGGAUAUCUUUCAAAUCCAAUAUUAAAAGGUCGCUCUCGGAUUUCGCAGUUCUUUUAUUUCACGCAUUAUCGUUUAAUCACGUGUAGGUGUCAGUUUCUUCAUAUUUUUACACCUCAACUGCAUUCCAUGAUAUAGAUGUGAUCAUAGAGACAUUUUAUAGAGAAUCCAAUUCUU